UUACAGAAACCAAGUAAUGCCACAGAGAAAGCAUCAGAGAGUCUGCCUGCAGGAUGGAAUGCCACCCCAGACUUUUAUGCCAUGCGUUACACAUCAAAAAAUGAGAAGGAUGCAGUUUUCAUCCUGAAAGUUAUUCGUAUUGAUGAAGACUUUUUGGUCCAUUUCAUGAAAGCUGGGACAGAUGUUGUAGAAAGUUUAAAUGUGAGGACAUCAGAGUACACAACAGGAAGUGUGGAAACUUAUGAUGGAGCAUACAAGCAGCUGGAUGAACUCUGUUCCCUAUUUAAAUCUACUGUUGUGGAAGCAGUACUAAAGCCUCCAAGUAGAAGUCAACCCUCCACAAGUCAAGAAAGGUCAAGGCCUCAAAGGUCAAGGUUAGAAGAUGAUGACCCCCUCAGAGUUCCUCCCAGAAGACCCCCACAGAGGGCAACUGGUGGUUGGAAUGAACCAGAUGACCCUUUCUCAAUUGGAAGAGGUGAUCUUGACCCCUUUGCUGCAGGAAGAGGUGGAGGCAUGGUCUUUGACCCCAUGAGGUCGGGGGCCAUACCAGGGAUGCGACCUGACCCCAGUGCUGGAUUACCCCGGAGACUUCCUCCAGGUGCUGUUCCACCUGGUGCACGAUUUGAUCCCUUUGGACCACCAGGAACCGGACCAGGUCCAGACCCUGACCACAUGCCACCCCCAGGAUAUGACGACAUGUUCAUGUAGGAGACAGCACAGAAUUAGAUCUAAUUUUAACAUGUUUAUCAACUUAAAUGGAAUUUUUCUGCAUGGCAAACAUUUUGUGUUGCCUUAAAAUUAAAUGGUUGCCACUGGAAGGAAGUACCUGCAGUAAUUUUUAGGAGGAUGUAAAAUAUAAAUGCAGUGCAUGUUUACAAAUUUCUGUUUAUAGAAAACUCAUCACUAAGCACUGAGCAGUAGACUAGUGUAUUGAAGAUCUAGAGUCCAUAAAAAUGCAUUGACACCUUAAUAGCCUCAAGUUGAUAUUUUUUUUAUAUGUUGUUUCUUUGCUUUUUGUUGCUGGAGUAAAAUCAAUACUGAGCUGAAUUAUAAUGAACAUUUAUGUCUGCCCUAUGAAUUAUGAAAUACUGUUUUAUUGUCACUAUGUACAAUUACCAAUUAAAAAAAAUUAAGGCUUUAUAUAAAUGAACAGGAAAAAAUCAAUUUCUUCCUAGGGUGAAUCUGUAUUGACAUAAAAAGCAAUAAAUUUCAAUAUUCUCAUAAUAAAUGGGCAGAAUAUUGAUUAUUAAAGCGCAUGAAAGCAAAAA